AUGUCCAAGGUCUUUACGACGAGCGACGUCGCGUCGCACAACAAGCCCGACAGCUUGUACAUCAUCGUCGACGGCGACGUCUACGAUGUGACCACGUUCCAGGAUGACCACCCGGGCGGCAAGAAGAUCCUCCAGCGCGUCGGCGGCAAGGACGCCUCCAAGCAGUUCUGGAAGUACCACAACGAGGGCAUCCUCAAAAAGUACCAGGCCAAGCUGCAGGUCGGCUCGCUCGACAGCAAGCCCAAGCCGGAGCCCAAGGCGGAGCCGGCGCCCAGCGCCCCGGCCGUGACGGCCGCCACCAAGGAGUCGGCGAGCCACAGCGACGACAGCGAGCCGCUCGAGCCGUUUGGCCACCAGAUUCCGUUUGCCGACCCGUCAUGGUACCAAGGGUACCACUCCCCCUACUUCAACGAGACGCACGCCGCGCUGCGCGCCGAGGUCCGGCAGUGGGUGGAAAACGACAUUGAGCCCUUCGUCACCGAGUGGGACGAGGCCAAGCGCGUGCCCGAGGAGAUCUACAAGGAGAUGGGCCGGCGCGGGUACCUGGCGGGCCUGCUGGGCAUCCAGUACCCGACCGAGUACGCGGCGGGCGUCAAGUCGGUGGCGCCCGAGAAGUGGGAUCUCUUCCACGAGAUGCUGGUGACGGACGAGCUGUCGCGCACGGGGUCGGGCGGCUUCGUGUGGAACCUCAUCGGCGGCUUCGGCAUCGGCUGCCCGCCCGUCAUGAAGUUUGGCCAGCAGGCGCUCAAGGACCGCAUCAUGCCGGGCAUCCUGAGCGGCGACAAGCGCAUCUGCCUGGCCAUCACGGAGCCCGACGCCGGCAGCGACGUCGCCAACCUGACGUGCGAGGCCAAGCUGAGCGACGACGGCAAGCACUUCAUCGUCAACGGCGAGAAGAAGUGGAUCACCAACGGCAUCUGGUCCGACUACUUCACCACGGCCGUGCGCACCGGCGGGCCCGGCAUGAACGGCGUCAGCCUGCUGCUCAUCGAGCGCGGCGAGGGCGUCUCGACCCGCCGCAUGGACUGCCAGGGCGUCUGGUCCUCGGGCACCACCUACAUCACCUUUGAGGACGUCAAGGUGCCCGUCGAGAACCUGCUCGGCAAGCAGAACCAGGGCUUCCGCGUCAUCAUGACAAACUUCAACCACGAGCGCAUGGGCAUCAUCAUCCAGUGCCUGCGCUUCUCGCGCUGCUGCUACGAGGAGUCGGUCAAGUACGCCAACAAGCGCCGCACCUUUGGCAAGAAGCUCAUCGAGCACCCCGUCAUCCGCAUGAAGCUCGCCCACAUGGCCCGCCAGAUCGAGGCCUCGUACAACUGGCUCGAGAACCUCAUCUACCAGUGCGAGAAGAUGGGCGAGACCGAGGCCAUGCUGCGCCUCGGCGGGCCCAUCGCCGGCCUCAAGGCCCAGGCCACCGUCACCUUUGAGUUUUGCGCCCGCGAGGCCAGCCAGAUCUUUGGCGGCCUCAGCUACUCGCGCGGCGGCCAGGGCGGCAAGGUCGAGCGCCUGUACCGCGACGUCCGCGCCUACGCCAUCCCCGGCGGCAGCGAGGAGAUUAUGCUGGACCUGAGCAUGCGCCAGAGCUUGCGGGUGGCCAAGGCCAUGGGCAUGAAGCUGUGA